AUGGAUAAUCAAUUCUUCACUUAUAAUCCUUACCCCACGGACGUGGAGAUAAUAGUCCUUGAUUCAAAUAGCAGACCAGGUGAUUGGUUUUUCGAUAAGGUUAAAAAUCUACGGAGAUACAAACUGAGGUAUCCCAUGCAGUCAGAUUUACCACGCACCAUGACUUACGUUGAUCGUAAAGGAAGGCGAAAGUUCGGGGGCUACUUCUUUAAGAUAGUGUUAAGUUUCCUUGAAAGACACAAUGCCCAAUUGCUGGAAUUUGAAAGACCAACGAACAUUCAUACUACAUUGGAUCUAUUCGAAAGCCUUUACCUGAGAAAUAUCGAUUUAGUGGCAUAUGGAAUCCAUUGGGCUGGGUCCGAUGCUUACUCUUAUACUCAUACCUACCCUGUAACAAUGGAUCAGAUGUGCAUAGUCACACCAUAUCAGCAUGAGCUACCUCGGUAUUUUUACUUCCUACUUCCUUUUGAUGGUUCAACUUGGAAGCUAGUUGGAUGUAGUGUUUUGAUAUUUGCCGUCUUGCAAGGGUUUAUUGAGAUGCUUUCUCCGCCUUUUACUUGUAAUUUCAACAGCCUCAUAUUUCAAAGUUUCAGGAUAAUAGUCUGUCAACCACACUUUGUGCAGAGGUUGACACAGCGCAAGGCAUAUAUAUUGUCUUCCAUACUCAUGCUAUUCCUUGCCGCGACCUUGGAGAGCGUCUACACAAGCUUACUUACCAGCUUCUUCACAAAAUCAAUAAUGAGCAACCAGAUCAGUACCUAUGACGACAUUGUUCAAACUGGUACAAAAAUUAUGUUAAAGGACACUCUUUACGAUGACAAUGAAUUUUUCAAGUAUGUUCCUACCAAAUACUUCCCAAGUAUUGUCCGUGGUGAAGUGAUGGAUAUGGAGAAAUAUAUUUUGCAGAUGAAUACAAGUUUGGGUUAUUACCUAACCGAGGACUUCAUUGAUGUCGUCUACUGGACCCAAAAAGCUGCCUCAUACAAAUAUUUCUACUUGACGAAAAUAUGUCAUGAGAAGGUUUUCCUAAUAAUACCGUUGGAAAAGGACUCACCCUUGAGAACAAAUUUUGAUGACUUGAUCCUGAGAUGCUGGAGUGCCGGCCUCAUUGAGAAAUGGAAAUCCGACUUUGUUUAUGAAAGCAUUGAAGCAGGUCUUUUACGGAUUGAAGUAAAAAGUGAAACCGCAUUGCUUAAGUUGACAUGGGAGGACCUUAGUUAUGCGUGGCAUAUUUAUUCGUUUGGUAUUUGUAUAAGUACUGCCACUUUCAUUUUCGAAUAUUUGAUGAUUUUACCAAGAAUUAAAUAUUUUCUGAAAAAAUAA